AUGUCAGUUCAUUUGGCUGAGGAGCACAGCGUUCAGGUGCCCGCUACACAGCUGCAGUCCCACGAACAGGAGGCACAGCAGCAGCCCGAACCCGAUGCAUCAAGCGUCCCGACGGAGAGGCGCACCGACCAAACCGCCUCGCUGUCACCGGCGGCAAAACGCCACCGCCUUGAGAAGCAGGAAUCAAAAGAAGUGACAGAAGACGCGACGCGCGUGAUCGAUUAUGGGGAGGACGCAGACCUCGAAAAUGCUGCUCGUGUCUCGGCGACGGUUGCGCUCCAAGACGACCUCGGCAGCCCCGUGGACGCGCUUGUCGGCGGGGCUGUCGGCAGCGUUGAUGUGUCCGGCAGCACCCUUUCUGUUGAGGCUGAUGUGACAGGCGUGAGUGACGAGACGCUUGCGGGGUCGGACCGCGCCACUGGUCCGGCAUGCGCAGAGAAGGGCGCAGUCACGCCCUCAGUGCGCGAGCCGGAGAUGUUGAGCCACACGCAGCCCCCGCAAGCGAUGCUUCACGCAGAGUGCGAAGAUACACCGGCGCAGUCUUUGCCAAUGGAAGACGGCAAUGCAGCAGCGCCUCCGGUUUGCCUGAGCAUAGAUGAAGAGGAGGCGGUCGCAUCGCCGCCCUCUGCGCUCGCAGUAACCCUCGCGCACUUAUCACAGGCUGAGGAGAGGACUGCGAGCGGCGUCACUGCGCUCAACUCCGACACUAUCGACGGCAAUAGUGCUCCCCGCUGCCACGCUGAGGGAGGGGUGAGCAGCGCCACCGAGACCGAGCACACCGCUGGUACCGUGACGACGACUGAGAUUCCUUCGCCGAUCCCAGAGGACGGUGAGGACGGCUGUUUACCACCCUCACGCCUUUCCGAGGCGGCUACACCGCUGCCGUCAGUGCCCGCCGUCGACGAGCGCCCCAAGGCGGCAGGCAAGCAUCUCACGUUUGCUGGCGACGCGUCGCCACAGUUGUCGAUGAUGCGGUCCUCGCCGGCAUGA